AUGAUCAAGGCUCAAUUAAUAGAAAUAGUAAAAUUGCAAAAAACUAAUUACAAUCGCUAUGCUGUGGAAGAGUUGACCGCUGAAUACGGUGUCACAAUCCUGCGUCUGCCCCCCUAUCACUACGAGCUCAAUCCAAUAGAGUUAGUUUGGGCUCAAGCAAAGGGCUUUUGUAAUAAUGUUGUAGUUAGCAAUUUUAAUAUGCUGUUUAAGAUCAUGGCAGAAGAAAAUCAAUCUGGCGAUUCAUCUUUAGCACAUAACAGUAUAAAAUCAGAGAAUGAAUCAAAAGAAAAUGGUGAUGCUGGGAAGGCAGACAAAGUCAAGAUCGAUAUUCUUCUGAAGGCAACUGGAAAUGCCCCUAUUAUGAAAAAGAAAAAAUGGGCUGUAGACGCAGAGAAACAAAUUGGGUGGAUCAUGGAGUUUGUCAAAAAAUAUCUGAAACUAGAGCCUGAUGAGAAAUUGUUUUUGUAUGUGAACCAAACUUUUGCCCCUUCUCCAGACCAAAUAGUGAAGAAUUUGUAUGAGUGCUUUGGAACAGAUGGCAAAUUAGUUUUGCACUACUGUAAAAGCCAAGCUUGGGGAUGA